CUUGCACAGCGAAACACUCCAAUCCAUCCAUGGAAUAUCUCAAACCUUCCUGAGGGAUUUUCUUUGAGCGUCAAAAGGGAUGACUUAACUGGCAGCACUUUGUCUGGAAAUAAGGUGAAGUCAUGUAAUACAAACAGUUUAACAUACCUUACUUGUGAUAAAAAGUGCUGUUAAUUCUAUCAAAGGGCAUGUCAAAUCUUAAUAAGCUCUUAGGUCAUGCUAUAAAUAUAUUAAUUUAUUAUUCAUUCAAAAUAUUUCUCUGUUUCUGAUUGGCUAAAAUCACAUGCAUAAUUCAUAACCAGCUACUGUGUACCCAAAUUUGAAAGAAUUUUGUGACCUAGGUAAGUAUGUUUUAGCUUGUUUUUAAACUUGGAAUUAAUUUUAAAAAAUGGACAACAACUUUAAGUUUAAAACUUUAAGUUUGGAAUUAUUUGGAAUUAUUUUGAUUGAAUAAUAAAGCAAUUUCUCAAUUUGAAGAAUUCUACAGAUUUCGUCUCGGUGGGUGUUACGCACCUCGGCCUUUGGCCUCGGUGGAUAACACCCUCCUUGAUAUGCAGAAUUCUUCAUAUCCUACAAGAGCCGAGUUCAAUAAUUGCUAAAUAUAUAUAUGUAAUAUUUUAAAUUUUUCUGAGAAAAAGUAAGAAAAUAAAAUAAAAUAAUUUUGUUAGAAAAUUUCCCUAUUAUGCAACUUGUUGUCAAUAAGCUCGAUAACCAUAGAGACGCAUGGUGUUCUUUAGAUAUGACACUCUGAGGUAGAGUUUGUGUACACUACUCCUGCCAUUUCAUUUCAUUCCUAACUGUCAAUCCAGUAUUUUUAUAAAUACAUGUAAGUUGAUUCUAAAUUUUUUAUUCUCCUUUUCUCUUAGCCCUUAAUUAUUUGUGAUCAUGAAUAGUUGCAGUACGUUACGGUACAUAUAAAUUGAAAAUCAACCUAAGUUAAUGAUUAACCAUUUUAACCUGAACAAUUUUAUUUUGACCUAUAACAUUUACUCCCUAGUUUUGUCAUAAUUGUUUUAUUGUGUGCCAUGUUAUAGGUACGGAAGUUGGAGUUUCUUUUAGCUGAUGCACUGAAUAAGAAGUGCGACACUAUUUUUACAUGUGGUGGAGUGCAGUCAAAUCAUUGUAGAGCCACUGCAGUAGCAGCAAGACAGCUUGGCUUGGAUUGUUAUUUGUUUCUUAGAAGCUCUGAACAGGUUAGCUGUACUGUAUGUUUUCUUGCAAUGUACAAAAUGACCACCUUUUUACAUCGGUUACCUUUAAUUGAUUCCCUUGCUGUUUGCACCUUUCCACAUUAGCUCACAUAUUUAAAGCUAUGGGAACCAGAAAAACAUUCCUCGAACAAGGGUUGAGAACCAAUAACAAAUUCAAUGCAAUGUUUGGUUUCACUUCCACAAUAUUCAAACCUGGGGUACAUUAAUAAUAAUUGUAAUGGAUGUGCAUGCAUGCUCUAUAAAACUCUUGCACUAUUCCACCACCCUUGCGCUGCCAUUUUGAAUCCUACAUUAAGUUUAUUAAAAGGUUUAUAAUUUCUUAUUCCUCUACACCGUAGCCACCUUUAGAACUACUGGUAUACACAAUAGCAAUCUACUGCACUAAUCAAUAUGUUGCCUUGUGUCGUUUGAAUUCAUUUUUUGUUAUGUGUGUCACCAGGCACUAAUAUUCCGACACAGUCAACUAGCUGGAGCACACUUUUAGAAACCUCUGUAAAAAGGACACCUACUGUUGGUUGCUUCCCUUCCUGUUUUCAGUCAUUUUCUGCAACUAGUUUCUCUAAAUGUGACAGACACCUUUCUACAAGUCCCGAAAGUUGGUCCUGAUUCCCACUAUGUUUAUCUUAGAGAGAGUUAAUUGAAUUUCAAUUAUUUCUGUUAACUUUUAAACUAAGUUCCCUCAUGGGAGUGCACUGUCGAACACUUUGUUGAUUCCUGUUCAUGUUGAUGCAGUCUACAGAUAUUGGAUGUAAAGGAAAUGUUUUUCUAAACAAAAUGGUUGGAAGCUGUAUUAUUGUUGUUCCAAAACUUCAAUAUAAAUCAGGCCUUAAACAGAUGAUGGAGAAAAUGGCAGAAAAAUUGUAAGUGGCUAUUAUGACAUAACAAGAGACUACAAAAACCUUUUUUAUAGCUGAAACAUUCUUAGUGGUAUACAUUGUAUGAUCAUGGGACUUCUGGCAAAAGAUCAGGAAACCCUACACUUGUAUUGGCUACCUACAAAUUGUAAACUUAAGGUUUUUUGUCCCCCCUCAUCAAAAGAAAUUUGAUUUCUAAUUUCUCUUUUUGCUUCUAUUAUUAAGUACACUGAAGCCAGUGAAUAUUUUUUCAUACUCAUCAAAUAAUAAUACCUGUCUAUUUUUUUUAUUACAUGUAACUGAUUUUAGAAUAUUGCUGGCCAACUCAAAAUUUCCUUAAAGGCCAAACCAUAUAGUAGUUUCAGUGCUAUUAUUUGUUAGUCUCAUUUAUUUUCUCAGAAAGCAACAGGGAUCAUCAGCAUAUUUGAUAGAGAUAGGUGGUUCAUCUUACACAGGGAUGUUUGGUUACUUGACUGCAUUUCAAGAGAUGAUAGAACAGGUACAAGUUAUUUGUAUGGAAUGGGUUAAUAUGUGACAUGCAUUUUGUAUGUCAAAAGAAAAUUCAGGUUAAUAAUUUUUUUAACCUGGGUAGAUUUAUUUCAUUUGUCUUUUAACCUUGCAUGUAAUUAUUCAUGAACUGGGCUUAAUAGGAGGCAAAGAAAAUUGAGUAAAGUAGGUUUAAAAAACUGAAUUUAAUUUUGCCUAUAAUACAUGACAUGAAGCUAUUCAAAAAAUGAUUUCUAAGGUCUAGUAAGUGACUGUUCAUCUAAAUAUUACUUUCAAUUUCUCCCUUUUUUUUCAAGUAGACAAAACAAAGGUAAGUUGAAUAGAAAUUGUACAUGUAUAUUGUUGCACUGAUCAGAAUGCCUUUGACAGAACUUUUUUCCAAAAGGAAGCAUCUGAAAUGUCAAACAUGGUUGCCACAGGCUAAUUGAAUUAAGGGCUGAUCAAUCCAGGUCCAUACAUGUAUAUUUUUAAAAUUAUUUUGCUUUUUUUAAGUUGUAAUUUGUGAGAUCUUAGUAGUUUUCACUUAUUGUUUGGAUGGUUUUCAUAUUUAUUCAGAAUGUGUUGGAAGAUUAUGAUGAUAUUGUAGUUACUGUCGGCAGUGGAGGAACAGCAUCAGGAAUUGCUAUUGGCAAUUACUUGACUGGCUCAAAACUCAAGUAAGGCUCCAGUUUGCAUUUAAAUAAUAGUUAUUUAGAAUCAAUCAUGCAUUUGCUUUGUUAAAAGAGAUACUUUUACUUUGCUCAAAAUGUGGUCAGUUUUCUAUGGUUUAUGACUAAAUGCAGAAAAGAAUAAUUGCCAAUUUUCUGCAUUUUUUUUCUCUGUUUUGGAAAAUUUAUCAUAAGGGUUGAUAUAGAUCCUUCAAAGGCAAAAUUGCUCCAUGUUUCCCACCUGCUUUUACUAACAGAGGUGGUUUUCGUGGCAAAGCAAAGUAACAUACUGGAAAUUAAAAAAAGUACAAAAUGAAAGUAGAGUAUAUAGAAAAAAUAAUUGAAGCAAAAUAAAUUAAUUUUUUAAUUUUAAGGCCAUAAUAGUGGACUACUUUGUAAACAAUAAACAACAACAACAAACAGAAAAAAAUCACUGGCCUUUAAAAGCAGUAGUUAAGGCACUUUCUGGUCAGUCAAUAAGAAAUAAAGGAGGAAAAGCAAAGCAAAGCAAACUGUCCCUAUUGCAAUUCAAAACCUAUGCUUGCUUUUCUUUCUGCUUUUCUUCUGCUCUUUUGUUGGGAAAAGUGAAAUUUUGUAUCUUUAUGGCUCGGCCAGUAAGAUUUGGAAAAAAAUUGUGGAUGUUCUGCAAAGACUAAUUAAAGAGAUCUACUGCUUCUUAAGGAAUUGUUCAUGAGUUUACAGUUGAUAGUUUAAUCGGCUGAACGUCCAGUGGAGGGGGUUACUCCCUAUAAUGACCUAUUUGGGGAGACUCCCCUCAAAAGGGUACCAUUUUUUGGGCUUCAGCAGGGGCGUAGCCAGCCCAUAGACCUGAAGGCCCAGGCCUAAAAAUUUUUCGUUUGAUCACUCUACCACUUGUAAUAAACUAUGCGUUGUUGGGGUGAACAAAGAAGCUUCUUUAAGACCUCAAAGUGUUGGUGAGGUCAGUGUGUACUAGUCAUGCGUGCAAUUUUCAGGAUGUGGAAAUGAAAGUCUGCCAGGCCUACAACUAGUCAAAAAGCUGGCUACACCCCUGUUCUGGUACAGUGUAUAAGAAAAGGUAGGAAUUUCAAGUAUGCGAAAAAGUAGGGAAAUCGGUGAUUUUGGUCACACUGUAACUAAGGAUCAAAAGGGCUGACAUAUGCAUUAUUUUUAUGGCUGUGAAAUAGUUGAGAAAAUGCUCUAGCUUAAUGGUUUAUUCAUAUGAAAAGACAGUGAAUUUACAGCAGCUAAAAGGGUUGGAAAGUUCUAAUCUAGGUGUGUGAAAGGGGUACCAUUUGUCAAUAGAAGGUAUACGAAAGGGGGACCUUUUCUGUAAAAAAUGGUAUAUAUGUAAAUGGGUAAGGGAUUGGACCUUCAGGCAAAUCCUCCCCGUAUAUAACUUUGUAAAAAAAAUUAAAGCUGAGAAAAAUUUUGCCUCUUUUCAACUUUGUAGAUGCCAUGCAGUCAAUGUGUCUGACAAUGCAGCUUACUUUUACAAUAAAAUCAAUGAAGACCUUAGGAGAGGGGGAGUUGAUGUCAAAGCAGAAGAUAUUAUAGACAUUAUUGAUGGCUACAAGGGGGGAGGAUAUGGUGUGUCAACU